CAUACUCCACUGCUGAAACACUUUCACUAUAGAGAGGAAGACUGAACCGGCUAUCAAUACCAGAACUAAAAUUACCGAAAUGCCUACUCAGGUUCAAGACGAAGGUAGUGGCGGAUCAAUGAAAAUGGGGAGGGACAGACGCUUGUUCACCAAAUACAGAUACACAACUAAAAUUUUCAGGGUAUUUUACGGUUUUUUUUAAGAUAAACUAUUAGCUGAUCUAACCUUGAAAUUUGCAAAGAGUUUUUUACUAGCCUUUAUAGGCCUGCACCACAUCCUUGUUCACCAAAUUCAUAGUCAGUCCGUUAACCAUAACAAUAAAGUGACGUCAGUCCGACUACAGCCAUUGACCUGACCUAAAGGUAUCACUAAAGUGUUCAAGGUAUUUUACGGUGACCAAAUCAGAGGCUGGGCGUGACCCAAGCUUACAAACGGGCUGUAAACUCGUCCUCAGGCCAAAAUGAUUUUUUAAUGGCAUAGAGCAUAUCAUUUACUUUAGAAUGACAGUUAAAUGAACUCAAUCGGGUGUCUGGAAGCAAAGUUAUGACCGUUUGAAUUAUCGUCAUCUUAUCAACUUUCUUAAAUCAAGUUUGAGAAAAAUACUUUUACUUGCGGCAGGUUUCUAUUUAUUUUUCACUAGCUCCCAUCCGAAAAUGGCUAAAUUUUACCUCUUAGAGUUAUAAUAUUAAACUCAAACUUCAGAAAUAGUAAGAUUAAUAGUUGUACUUUAUUUAUUACACAAAAACCCAAUUUACACAAAAUUCACGUUCUACGGGCUAUAGUAUUCUGGCUAGGGAGGCUUGUUUCUCAAUACAGUGCAGUGCGAGUUUACAGCCCUUUUGUGAGCUUGGGUCACUGAUAGGUCUACGAGGAGCAAUUAUGACGGAAUUGAAAUCAAAACAAAAACGGCAAUUGUAACGUCUGUUCGACACAAAUUCACGCAGUCAAAAAACAAGAAUGUCAGGUGGAUGCUGUCGAUCGGCGAAUGCCAAAGUGGCUUCGAUCAUCCUGAUCAUUAUUGGAAUAAUAUCAGUCAUUGCGGCAAUAGUUGUUUUCGCAGUUUUUGCAUCUAAUGACUCGGCAAUUUUUGGUGUACCAGCAAUUGUCGCUGGAGUGAUGUUGAUUACAGAGGGCGUGCUCGGUCUCAUCUUUGCCAACAAUGCGAAAAAUAGAUGUUGGAUGAUAACAGUCAACGUCGUUUCAAUUAUCAUGGUGGUGAUCUCGAUUGCAUGGUUACUUGGAAGCCUAAGUUUUGUUGGAAUAUUCACCGCCCUCAAAGUGGGUUGCAAUGCAUGCGGUCCAGAUGACUACUGCGAAAACUGUGGCAUUUCUUUUCAGUAUGUUAUCCCCAGCUUAGUGUUUAUGGUUCUAUUAUCAGCCAUUACUCUUGCGACGUCAAUCGUGUUGAUUGUUUCAUCUUGUACUUGCCGCAGAUCAAAUAUGGAUUCUGCCCCAAUAUAAUGCUAUUGUUGGGUCGUUGCUUAUUCUGCUGAACCAAAAAUAUUAAUAUGCAUUAAACAUCAACGUGGACGUACAUUAAUGCACCUAUUUUGUAUUCAUUUUUAUUGAAUGCAUUGUAGUUUUAGAUAGUUAACAUUUAGAAUUAUCAAUCAAAAAGUUUUUUUACUUUUGUAAAAUAUUUAAUUUAAAUUUGUGAUUUCAAAUUUACCCAUCUAUGAAACAAUCAAACGUAAGAAGAGGCCUACAAAAUCAAAUACAUUAAGGCCCAUUGAAUGUAUCGGUAGUUUUAUACAUGCGAUAGGCCUAUUUCAAUUUUCUUAUUUCAUUAGGCCUAUACUUUUGUAAAAUAUUUAAUAAAACUGUAGUUUGUACUGAAAGAA